AAGAUUAUCGUAUCUAUGUCCGAGCAUGCGUGAACAUCACGCAGAGGGUAAAGAAAGCAAAAGAUGCUCUUUACACACUUUUAUUUUCACAUCCGAUGAGGGGCUCACAACCCACACACCUCACUCAACUCAGAGUCUCUCAAACCAUUUUACAGAGAACAAAGCAAAGACAAAAGGGCCCCUCCCAAUUGCCAAAGCUGCCGAAAGAAAGAAUAUUUCACUAUUCAUUAAAUAUUACCUUUACCCUUUAUUAAUCACUACUAAUAAAUGCCCAGAAUUUCUCAUAAUUCCCCCCUCAUUAAUUAAUUUACACUUUCCUUUUCUUGGAAACUGAGCUUAAUUUUCCGUUAUACCAUUUGAUUAUACUCUCUAAUUUAGUAAUUAUGUUGUUGAAAAUGGCCAAUUUCAAUAAAGUAGACAACAAAGAAGAAUGUUUGUUCCUCUUCCUCGUCACAUGAGCUUCAUUUUCUUCAAUUCCUCUGCUUCAGCUUCAACCUCAGUUCAGCUACUACUUCAGGUCUUCUCUUUCUCUCUUCUUAUUUCCUAUUUCUGGUAAAAACCCGCUUCAUUUUUACCAAAAAUUUUACAUGAGUUUCCGUUUUAGUCUCAAAGACCUUAUCUUUACCUUUGUUUGAAGAUUAUAAUAAAUGGGUUGUUAGUUUUUUUUUUUUUUUUUUUUUUUUCGGGGGGUUUUUUGUUUAAUUUGUUGGGACCCAUUAAGCUUCCAAGUUUGUUCAUUGUAAAUGGAAACUAAAAAGGGUUUAAAAUUUUGCAGAUUUUUCCAAUUUAGUAGCAUUUUAUUGCCAUUUUUGUUGUAUAUGUUGUUGAUAUUGGAAAACCCUAGUGUAGUUUCAGCUGUUAAUGUUCACCCACAAGAUAAAGCUACACUUAGUGAGUUCAAAUCAAAGAUUAUUGACCCGGGCCCGGGUUUGGCUUCAUGGGUCGGGUCCAAUUGCUCCAAUUGGACCGGCAUUACCUGUGAAAACCGGACCGGCCGGGUCAUUUCAAUGGACUUAAGCUCCAUGAACUUGUCUGGGAGUAUCAGUCAUAGUAUAUGCAACCUAUUUUCUCUUCAAUCCCUUGUUUUGUCUCAUAAUAAUUUUACUUCUGUGAUUCCACCUUGUUUGGGAAGUGUUUUGAGUUUAAGGGUAGUUGAUAUUAGUCAUAAUGGUCUUAGAGGGUUGGUUCCUGAUUCAUUGAGGAGCUUGAAGCAUUUGAGGGAGCUUACAUUGAAUGGUAAUAGGUAUUUGGGAGGGAAAUUGCCAAUGUGGGUGGGUAAUUUUUCGAGGUUUCUUGAAAGACUUGAUUUGGGGUCGAAUUCAUUUGGAGGGGAGAUACCAGAAAGUAUGUUCCGGUUGGAGUCUCUCAAGUACUUGGACCUUUCGGAGAAUGGUUUGUCAGGGAAGCUUGGUGGGUUUCAUCAAUCUUUGGAGGUCCUCAAUCUAGCCUCUAAUCGUAUAUCGGGUACAUUGCCUUGUUUUAAUGCCUGUGUGCAAUCACUUAGCAUAUUGAACUUGGCAAACAAUUCUUUGGUUGGAAGGAUUCCUUCUUGUAUGUCUUCACUUCGAGCUUUGAGGCAGCUCAAUCUGUCCAACAAUGGGUUGCAGUAUGGGAUUUCGCCAAUGCUGGUGUUCUCAGAUAAGCUUCUUGCUUUGGACUUGAGUCACAAUCAGUUGUCAGGUCCUCUUCCUAGCAAAAUUGCUGAGACAACAGACAAGUCGGGGCUUCUUGUUCUUGACCUGUCACACAACCAAUUUUCUGGUAACAUACCUCUAAAAAUCACGGAGUUGAAAAGUUUACAGGCAUUGUUUCUCUCUCACAAUUCAAUAAAUGGGGUUAUUCCUGGGAGCAUUGGGAAUUUGACGUAUCUCCAAGUCAUCGACCUCUCAUACAACUCUCUAACAGGAUCCAUUCCUUUGAACAUUGUCGGGUGCUUCCAGCUCCUUGCAUUGAUACUCAGCAACAACGGUCUUUCUGGUGAAAUUCAACCAGAGCUUGAUGCACUAAAUAGUUUGAAGAUACUAGAUAUUAGCAGCAACAAGAUCUCUGGUCAAAUACCCCAAACCUUAGCCGGAUGCAGGUCAUUGGAAGUAGUGGAUUUCAGCUCUAAUAGUCUCUCUGGACCUCUAAAUGAUGCAAUGAACAAAUGGUUAAAUCUCAAGUUUUUGUCACUUGCUCAAAACAAGUUUGAAGGUACUCUUCCUAAUUGGCUCUUUACAUUCCCGUCCAUCAAAACAAUCGAUCUUUCAGGGAACAGAUUUUCUGGCUUUAUACCUGAUGGUACCUUCAACGUCAGCAAGAGUUUUAACAAUGCAGCUACGGGUGGUAUGAAUACUGAGGGGAGUUUGGUAUCAGUUAAAAGUAAGAUCAUCCAAAUUUCUGUUAUGGUAAUGGAUCGAAAUGAGCUGAGUUUUGCUUAUGGUCUAUUUUCACCUGUGGGAAUUGACCUGUCAGAUAAUCAGCUGAAUGGGGAGAUACCUGAGAGUCUAUUCACUUUACAUGGUUUAGAUUAUCUUAAUUUGUCCUACAAUCUUCUGGUGGGUCAGAUUCCUGUGGAUUUAGAGAAGAUGUGGAAUUUAAGGGCUAUUGAUCUGUCUCACAAUUAUCUUUCUGGCCCUCUUUUGGCCAAUAUUUCAAGCCUUCAAGAGCUAAUAACGCUGAAUUUUUCCUACAACUCUCUCUCCGGAUUUGUUUCGAGGAAGCAGGGUUACUGGAGAUUUCCCGAAGCAUUUACUGGGAAUCCAGCUUUAUGCAUUGAGGUAUCUGCUGGAAAAUGCCAACCUCCACGAAUUCCUGCACUUCCUGGAGACAAGUUCAGGGAUGAUAUGGAGGAAGGGCCAAUAUCAGUGUGGAUUUUUUGUGUAACUGCUGCUGUAACCUUCUAUGCGACCUUGAUCGCUCUCUUUUGUUGGCCCCGAUCAAGAAACUAUAUUCUUAGGUCAAAAAUUUAGGUGCAUUGUACAGAGAACAAAACUUUUGUAUAUCUGUUUGGUUUCAUAUGACUUUGAUUUGUCCUCCAAGGAGGAAAGCAAGUCAUGUUUUUAUUGAUACAGUUUUAGCUUUAAGCUAACUUUAACUUAGCUUGAAUUACCAUGUUUGAAAGUCUCAUGUAUAGUGGAUGAUGAGACAAAUGGACAAUGGUAUUCCCUCUAGUUAAUAUGCACCAA